CCAGGUGCAGCCUCUCGGACGCCAAAAACCUUCCAAAGGCUGUAGCCUACGGGAGGUCUGACAGACACGAGGCCGGUAUGGCGCGAUAGCCAACGCAUGUUUUUUUCUGUGAGACAGAGUUAGAUUGGGCCCUCGGAGGCACAAAGCUGGGCUCGAUGGCGGGGCCGCCGGCGCGGAACGGGCGAAAAGAAGCCAUACGAAGAUGGACAAAGAUCGACCCGGAAAGAGCACUUGGCAGAACAAAGGCCGACCGAGAAAGGAGGCGGGAUGACGUGGAAAUAGGUCGGUGCAUGGCAACGGUCGCCUGCGUGGCGGGGACGAGCGUCGAGGGCCGGAUUAAGAACAAGCGGAAGCAGCGUUCUGGCGGGACUUGGACUGUCGAGGUUUACAAGGUCGCGACGCAGGACGGUGCGGGGGAGGGAGCACGUGGAUGAAAGUUGUUCCGGAUUUGGAAGCUGCCAUACUGGAUAACAAACGGAAGCCCAAAGGAGAAUGAAAGCGCACCUUGUCAGACAAAGCUGUAUAAAGAGACCCAGAGGGCGGUCAACCUCCCAACACCAGCAACGACUCCAGUUCUAUCAUCGUACAACAACGACAUCCAUCACCUAGCGUCAGAGAAGCACCAACCCUUGUAUUCACACCCACAAUCCUCCUCUUUCGUCAUCAUGUUCCAGGUACACCCCGCACACCCGACCAGCACAAAAGCCAUCUGGGAGGUCCAGGACUCUAACAACAACAUGGCCUCCUUCCCCACACAGCAGCCCAGCUCGGUCGCACUCCCCCGCACCCUCCAGCGCCCCCAGUACGCUGAGGUCCACCACUCAAACAUCGUCCCGCUCGCCCCCGAGCUCGCAAACGUGCCAGUCGAAUCUGCCUCUCUAAUUAAUGAACGCGUUCUUUCAUUUCAGCAUGAUCACCGGCAUCAACUCGCUCCAGACCCACCAUCUCCCCUCGACCAUGUCUCGCACUCAGAUCCAGUCCACGCCGGCCGUGACGAUCCCCGUGCGCGCUGUAGGCCCCCAAGCCUGCUACCCCACCCACGUCCUUGCACUCUCCGCGCCCAAGUCGGCCGGCGACGCGACGCUGCUCCUCACGCACGCCCUCGUCCUCGCAGCCAACUGCUCCGGCCUGCCACGUCUCCCCGCGACUGCACCCGCGACGCCUCAAGGCACCUCGGUUACCCUACCCGUUCUGCCCCUCACCGUGCCCUCGCCCGCCGCAUUCGCGCCGCUGCAUUCCUUCCUCUACACGCACUCGACGCGUUCGCUCCUCGCCGCACUGCUGCCUUCGGUGCCGAGUGCUUUCGUGAGCACGCUCAGCACGCCUGGUGCCAUUCGCGGCACGCUCGCGUCCGGUCCUGCGCUGCACACGCUCUCGGACCACCUUGUGCGCCACGUCCGCCCCGCGCAGCUGCCCGCCGUCGCGCAGGGCAUCGCUGCAGUCUGGCGCAACGCGGUCGCGCUCGGCGUGCACGACCCCGAGUUCUGGGACACGCUCGACCUCUCAUGGGAGGUCGUCCUCGGCGCGCUCAACCUCGCCGCCGGCGCACAGUGAACGCACGGAUUGCCUGCAUUGCCUGCAUUGAUGGUGAUAUACCCUGGGCGCGCAGCGCGCGGACCGGUCAAAACGAUUGCUCUCUGACGAACAGAAUGGAAACGGACGGACGGCACGUAUGCAUACUAAGAAGUCUCUCUCAUCUCAUCUCAUCCCAUUCCAUCUUCCAUCCUCAUCCCAACCUACGCCUUACUACUCGACUAAUUCCCCCCAUCUCUUCAUUGUCGCAUGAUUUCACCACCACUACCGCUUGUAUCCCUUGCUAGCUCAUCCUGCUCUUUCCUCUUGUCCAUUUCCCCCAUAUUCCCGCGCAGACGCGCACAUACCCCUGCACGCUUUUAGACACAAACAACCCAUUCUCAAACCCAG